AAGGCCAGACUAGUCGAGUCCGCGGCGGAGCGGUUGGUUGGAAACGGGUUAACUCGCUUAACGUUGUCCUCGAAAUCCCUCGUCACGAUCGACGUUUAUUCAUUAAACUAUGCACCAUUCUAAAAUGUGCGAUUGUUAAUAUGUCAAGUCUACAUUCUGUGGCAACCAUUGGAUCGGUAUCGAUCAGUGUUGGGAUUGGCCUAGGCCCCUGACAUCUCCCCGCCCCCUAGACCUCCUCAUCGAGUGCAGAACCCGACCAGAAGAUCGGGAAAAUGGCGCAAGCAAUAUUCGAGGUGCUCGAAGGCAUGGACAACCAGACGGUGCUGGCGGUCCAGUCUCUCCUUGACGGCCAGGGAGGUGUGUCCGACCCCAACAACCAGAACGUCUCGGGGCCACCCGUCAUCCAGUCCAUGGACGACGAGGACGUCUUCCUGUGUGGGAAGUGCAAGAAGCAGUUCAACUCGCUGCCCGCCUUCAUGACCCACAAGAGGGAGCAGUGCCAGCCGGCCGGGCCUUCGCUCUCCACCGUGUCCCUGGCCUCCAACGCCUACCCCCCCGGCCCCCCCGUCAGCAGCGGGCCCCAGCCCCCCUCCAACCGCCAGGUCUCCACCUACAUCGCGGUGCCCCCGCCGCCCCUGACCCACACCCUGGUGCAGGGCAACGUGCUGGUCAGCGACGACGUGCUGCUGUCCGCCAUCUCGGCCUUCACCUCCAUCGAGCAGCCGAUGGCAGCCAUGCCCGCACCUGUACAGAGCAACGUGAGCAUGCAUGCAGCCGGCGUGUCGUACCUCCAGCACCACCACCACCAUCACCACCAUCACCACGGCAACCACCACCACCUCCCCCACCACCCCCACCCCCACCCCCACCCCCAGACGCAGCAGCAGCAGAGUCACGCCCUGCCGCCCAGCCAGCCGUCCCAGCAGGCCCUCUCCCUGCAGGUCCCCGCCUGCCACGCCCACAACGCGGUGCAGGUGCAGGUGUACAGCACGCUGCCCCCGCUGGCCGGGGGUGGCGGUGCGGAGAUACACACUCUGGGCCUGCAGCCGUUCCAGUCGGUCCAGGUGCCCAGCCAGUGUGUGGGCAGCCAGUCGUUCCCCGCCGCCCCCGUCUACAGCCCGGGGAAGCAGGGCAGCAAGGCGGCGGCCUGCAGCGUGACCUCCAGCCUCCCCGACCUGGACCUGCUGGCCAAGAGGCCUCGCAGCACCAAGAAGACCCCUGAGCCAGCGGGCACUGACCAGCUGAAAGGAAAAGGGCACAAACUGAAGUGCAACUUCUGCGACAAAAUCUUCGCCAAGAACUUUGACCUCCAGCAACACAUCAGAAGCCACACCGGAGAGAAGCCCUUCCAGUGCAUCGUGUGUGGGCGCGCCUUCGCCCAGAAGUCCAACGUCAAGAAGCACAUGCAGACACACAAGGUGUGGCCACUGGGCAUGGACGCCUCGGUGUCUCGGCAGCCAAUCACAGUCAAGGUGGUGCCGGUGUCGACCAAUGAGGAGGAGGAGGGUGUGGAGAAGCAGCAGCAGCAGCAGGAAGAGGAGCAGUCGGAGCAGCAGAACAGCCAAUCACAGAUGGAGGAGGAGGAAGAGGAGGAGGAGGAACAGAGCAGAACAGAACCUAUCGGGCAACGGUCGGAGGUCAACGCGACGAGCGACCCCACAGACUCACGGACGGCGGAGACCUCGGAUUGCGGACGUGGCCCGCCCCCUCCGGUGGCCCCGCCCCCUCUGCCCCCGCCCCCCUCGCCCCCACGGACCAAGCAGCCGGGCGCUGAGCCGGCGGGACCCCCACAGCAGCAGGUGGUGGUGAUCGACCGCUCGUACCAGUGCCAGUUCUGCAGCAGCACCUUCACCAGCUACUUCCAGCUCAAGUCCCACCGCACCCAGCACAAGGAGGAGCAGGUGUACAGGUGUGUGCUGAAGACGUGCCUCCAGACCUUCAACCAGCUGGACUCGUACCUGGAGCACAUCCGCUCGCACCAGGAGCAGCUCACCUACCGCUGCCACCUGUGCAGCAAGAUGUUCCCGUCGCUGUUCGAGCUGGGCGUGCACCAGUACUCCCACUGCUUCUGCCCACAGCAGGGCUCCCGCAAGGAGACGCCCGUCUACAGAUGUAUGAAGUGCCAGACCAAGUAUUCCACCCAGGCCGGCCUGGAGCAACACCUGAUGACCGCCACACACAGCUUCCCCUGCCCCCAGUGUCCCAAGGUGUUCCCCAGCGAGCGUUACUUCCGCCGCCACCUGCCCACCCACGGCCUCGGGGGGGCCUUCAGGUGCCCCACCUGCCGGAAGACCUUCAAGACGGAGCACUACCUCAAGCUGCACAUCCGCAUACACACAGGGGAGAAGCCCUUCAGCUGCACGCUGUGCCAGGCGUCCUUCAACAGGAAGGACAAGCUCAAGAGACACAUGCUGAUCCACGAGCCCUUCAAGAAGUACAAGUGUCCCUUCAGGACGCACGUGGGCUGCACCAAAGAGUUCAACCGACCGGACAAGCUGAAGGCCCACAUCCUGUCCCACUCCGGCAUCAAGGCCUACAAGUGUCUGUUCUGCCAGAAGAAGUUCAGCCGGCGGGCCCACCUGCUGGAGCACCAGCAGUCGCACACCGACAACUACCGCUACCGCUGCCUGACCUGCCGCAAGGGCUUCACCCGCAGCAACUACUACCGCGCCCACGUCUGCCCCGCCUCCGGCCCCGCCCCGGGGAGGGGCCCCACAGGCCGGAGCCGGAGGCGGGGCCGGCCCAGGAGGGGGGAGGGCGGCAGCGACGCAGGGGGGCCCGGGGCCGACGGCGAGGAGAAGGGACCCCCGCAGCCGAGUGACGAGGAGGAGAAGGAUGAAGACGAGGAGGAGGAGGAGGAGGUGACGAUAGAGAAGGGAGAAAAUGAGGAGGAAGAGGAUGAGGAGUGCACCUGGUGUACGGCGGUCCUCACGGCGCUAGCUGACACCAGAAGCGUCGCAGCGAAGCCGUCUCGUUUCACGGUAUUGAGGCUGGACACGGAUGAUGUCACCACUCCGGGGGGAUGA